AGCCCUCCCUGCCAGGCGUCUGCAGGCAGACCAUGGCAGCUCCCAGGACUCUGGCCCUGCUCUCUCUGAUGGCAGGCGUCUCCGGCCUCCGGGCCCCGGACUGCUCCUACCUCCGUCUCCUGGAGCAUCUGAACGUCACGUCCACCAACAAAGCUCUGGAACUGAGCCGCCCGGUGAGGAGCUGGACCAGCACCACGGCCGUCCGCCUGGACAUGCUGCUGUACGGCAUCCUGGACGUGGAUGAGAAGACUCAAACGGUCACCAGCCACAUCUACUACGAGAUGUCGUGGAAAAACGAGUUCCUCACUUGGAACCCCUCCGACUUUUGUGGGAUCGACAUGCUGACGCUCCCGAGAGACACGAUCUGGAUCCCCGACGUCGCCAUCCAAGAGGACGCCUCUGACGGCGGGAGCGUCUUCCACGACCCGGUGGUGGUGCUGGAUCCCGGCGGGCUGGUGGUGGCCUCCACGCGCCAGCGGCUGACCUUCACCUGCCACUUCGACCUCUCCACCUUCCCCUUCGACGUGCAGCGCUGCAACAUCACCUUCAACUCCAUGAGCUCUGAUAAAAGAUUCAUAGACCUGGGGACGAUGAGUAACGACAUCAUCCUCUCCAUCAUCUCGGAGCAGGUGAUGAUCACUCAGGGAGAGUGGAAGCUGAGGAGCUUGGAGACUGUCAUAUCUGAGCGGUUCGGUGGGUGGAACAGCUCCAUCAGCCUGUUGGUGUACAGGGUCACGCUGGAGAGGAAGCCCAUGCUGUACGUGAUCAUGCUGAUCAUGCCGCUGUUCUACCUGCUGGUCCUGGACUUGGCCUCCUUCUUCAUCCCCGAGGACGGUGGAGAGAAGCUGAGCUUCAAGGUGACGGUGCUGCUGUCCAUCUCCGUGCUGCUGCUGAUCCUCAAGGACAUCCUGCCCUCCACCGAGGAGCAGAUGCCCAUCAUGGCCAACUACUGCAUUUCCAUCUUCACCCUGGUGUGGAUCAGCGUCCUGGAGGCCAUGCUGGUCAGCUUCUUGAUGGAUCUGGAUCGUUCUGCUGCUGCGGAGGCUGAGAGGCCGGAGGAGGCUGAGGAGGAGGGGGACGGAGAGGGGGACGCUGAGGGGGACGUCCAGCUCAAGGCCGCCAGUCACAAAGCUGAGUCUCCUGUAGCCGAGGACGGGGCCCGGUCCAAACCCCCGGGCCGGCUCAAACAGCUCUGUGGGGCCGUGAAGGCUUGGCAGCGAGGCCGAGGCCGAGGACGAGGACGCUACCGACGGGUGGCUAGAAUCAUCGACGGCGUCUUCUUCUUCUUGUACUUUGUGACCGUGUUGAUUUUCGUGUUGUACCUUUUCCUCAUAUGGAUUUAAAAUUAGUCUUGAGUUACGUUUUUACGGACUGUGUUUCAUGUCAUGUCGUGAUCUGCCUGUGCAUGCUCUUAAACUUACUUGCUUAUUGCUUAUUUACCUGCUCAGUGAAGAAAAGAUCAAGUUCAAUUUAAUUUCACUUAUAAACUCAUUAAAGGUGUUUUUAACAC